AUGUCACACGGUUUCACAGAACCUACGCCUUGUGUCCAUCUGGAGCCGUUUCGUUGGGUUCCAGAAGACCUCCAAAUAGCGACGUGGCCGACAUUGAAUACGGUCGACAUACCAUCCAACCUGAAGACACUCUUGUUUCCCCCCGAGGAUAUUCGGAUCGCGGAGCUACUUGACUACGUUCCUACCCACCCCCCUCCGCCUUCUCUUCGCGGCAUGACCGGCUCCGUGCGAACCUCCCAUCUUCCCCCCACCGAUCCGAGCACCUACCCGUCGUUCAUAUGGGAGCUCGACCAUCGCAACUUCACCAUACCUGCGGAUUCCAAAAUCGCGCUUCAGGACGGACGCCCCGCCUCGCUCAUCCACCCUGCUGCCCCAGAAGUCCUUUUUCCCGCCUGGGCGGCCACCACUUGGCGGGCGAUGUCUGAAAUCUGGAAUGCUCGUGAUGUCUGGGUCAAAGGCUUCAACUAUUGUCGGAAAAACUCGCCUUCGUCGUACCAACGCGAUCUUCAGCACUUCGUCCGAGUGCACUGGUACGAGGCCGCCGCUCUGAAUUCGGACCUGUUGGCACGGUGUCAACGAAUACUCGGCGACAAUAUGGUCAACGACGAAUCGUUGAAUGACUGUGUCGACGUCCUAAAUGCCACUCUUGACCCUGAGAGCCGUCCAAUAGUCGUAACCCAGACUGGCUUCUGUCCCUUUGUGCUCCAGGAGAAGACAUCGGAACGCGUGCUGCGAAAAGCUUUGCGCAAGCUCGGUAACAAGGCGCAUGGUCAAAUAAUCAUCCCAUGGCAUCUUCCACUAUCACGGCAUUGGGUCACUGUCCGGCUCGACCUCGACACGCGCAUGUUCGUGAUCGUCGAUUCCCUCCGCGGCGCCAAGUCCCCAGAUAAGACCGUCUGGAACGGUGUACAACUCCUUGGGGCAGCAAUUGACAAGUUUCUCGGCCUACCGGACGGCUCAGACCCCUGGAUACACGACGCUACAUCGAUAGCCUCACCAAGGCAACGUGACGGUAUUUCGUGCGGUCCGAUCACCUUGAACACAAUGCAACGAAUGUUGUAUGACGAUCGGGAUAUUUGGACGCCGGAGCGGGCAGUAGCAAGUCGCAUGGAGGUCAUGGAUGGCUGCGUGAAAUGUUGGGAACUGAGAGGCAGUCUGGCAAGGACAAAGACACAACAUGUAUUCGGCAAACUUGGUUUCUUUAACCCCGCCGGUGGCCCCGCCGUGUAUGCACCUGGUGAUUCAAAGUCCACUGACGGGAAUGGUUCAAAAACGCCGCUCCUGGACGCUGCGGGGCACUCUUCCGAAGGCGCAAGCGAACCAGAGUCGGAGAGCAGCGAGAGAAAAGCAGCACCAGGGGUGGUUCAAGACACGGCGGCGAUGCGAAGGCUGCCCAACAUUUCUUCCCCCAUCACGAUGACCACGCCUUCAGAUUCAUCUGUGGACGUCGACAAGCCUCUGGGAGAUGCUGCCACCAAAGAAACGUCUCUACACCCCGAUGGAAUGGCGGCGUUCCGGCAGAUAGCCCCGUCUUCCGAUGCCCCUCGCCCUGUGGCUCACGGGAUGGCGGCAUUCCGUCAGUUUGCCGGCUCCCCCAAUAUUCCUGCCCGCACCAAUCCUGACAGCGUAAAUGCCCCUGCCGACAUCCACAAGUCUCCGCCAGAUGGCGCCAACGAAGCAACGCCUCUCCGAACUGAUGGCAUGGCGGCGUUCCAACCCAUGGCACCAUCUUCCAAUCUACCUCGCCCUGUGGGUCACGGGAUGGCGGCAUUCCGUCAGUUUGCUAGUAAUCCUUCUUCCUCAGGUGUUCCAUUUGACCACACUGCAAGAACCGCCAUGCGAAGUACCCCGCAGACUGCGCCCGGCUCCGGCGAUGCUAUACCUCUACAGGGUAUGGCAGCAUUUCGGCAGAUGGGAGCGCCCCCAAACAAGCCAUCCUCUAUUGCAACAGGUAUGGCCGCAUUUCGCAGCUUUUCCAAACCAAACCGGGCGGAAAGCAUCUUGCACAACGAAAUCGAACAUUCGACGGCGAAGAAGCGCAAGCUCUCUUAG